AUGCUACUGGCAGACCAUGCAUAUCAGGGGACUGGGGCUGUACUCAUGAGUUCGCGCUCACAGAUCGCCUGGGGUUGUGCCGUCCUUUGCUUGCCCAAACCUCCACCACACCACACACCGGAGCUCACCGCCACGGAGUUCGCCGGAGCUGUGCGUGGAGCUUGGAAACAAACCGGAGCCGCCGUGAGCCAACGACCCAAAGGAGGUUCAACCUUAGCUGAUCUUCAGCAGGCUCUGGAAGAUUACUUGCCUGUUCUUUUAGGACUAGUUAAAGAUGGAAGCCAUCUACAAUACAAGGUACAAUUUGUAUGGGUAAAUCAGGAGGAUGACGCAGAGGAAACCUGCAUGUCUAAUGCUUGGUAUGAGGUGUUAUCAGUUUUGCACUUGAUGGCAAUGCUAUCAUUAUCACAGGCCAACUUAUUACUUCUCCCAAGAACAUCUGCCGAUGGUUACCAGCCAAAGGUAUCAGAAGGUGACUACUGAUCUAUUCCUAGCUCUACAAAAUCCAAAGAAAUAUCUUUGCCCCUUUUGGAACAUUGGUUGAAGACAUCCAGUGGAGAGCAUCACACUUAGAAAAGUUUUUAGUUUUACAAAUUCUUUAUGUAAUCAAGCAGCUCAUGUAAUAGCAAAGGAAGCUCUCAAGAGAAAUUCUAAGGGAAUUUGGGUGGAGGAAUGCCCCCUUUCCUUCUAAAUUCUGUAUAGAUAGACAAAUAUAUGGUAGACUAGGAAGAUAUUGUAUGUGCUCUAGAACAUGUCUUGUAAGCUAGAGAUUUGAUAUUGUUUCAAAAGCCUUUCAGUCGGAGGUGUCUUAUAUUGUACUGAGCAAGUUUGCUACUA